ACACGCUACUUCCUGGAUGGAGGAAUGGAACACUUCCAGUGCCGCUCCAACGAUUCCAUUUCUGUUUUCGCCAGCAGAACUGCUGCAGCUCUCCGCUGCAUGGACUACUGCCACUAGUGUCCUCUGCUCCUACCCCCUCUAUCCUUGAUAAAUGAACUGAUUGAAGCUCGAAAGCUAUAUCUCUCCUAACUGACAUGUUUUUCUUUGGGAGUAUCAAGAAGCUGUUUGGAAGGGGGUUUUGAGAAGUAAAUACUAUUUUCUGGACGUUCCAGACCCGCACUGAAUUUCACAGAACAGUCACUAGCCUACAUUUAGCAGUAUUUGCUCUGCUUUUACGCAGCGGACAUUGAUUAUUUGAUCAGACGGAUAACUCAACAGUUGCCCUUUUUGCUCUCGAUGUUCAUUUUGUCAUGCGGAGGCUACUGCAAUCGUGUUGCUGGUGGAUCUUGUCUCUGAUUUUGUCUGCCUUCGUGCUCUUUUGGGCCGACUGUCAUCCUGCGCUGACAGGAGGGCAGCCCGGGGCCACGCAAGGGAGCCAAGAUGGCCGAGUGCCCGGGACCAGACUCAGGAGAGCGGCCGAGGAGUCCUACUGGGCCUACUCAGGUACGUACGGGCCAGAAGAGGGCUGGUCAUCAGCCUACCCAGAAUGCAGACAGAGGAACCAGUCACCAAUCAACAUCGUAGACCAGGACAUCAAGGUGUCCAUGGAGUAUCAGGAGCUCACUCUGGAUGGAUUUGAUACAGAUUCCUCCAACAAGACCUCAAUGAAGAACACUGGUAAAACAGUGGCCAUCAUGCUGAAGGAUGACUACUUUGUGCGUGGUGCAGGCCUGCCGGGGCGUUUUAAGGCUGAGAAGGUGGAGUUCCACUGGGGCCAGAGCAAUGGAUCAGAGGGCUCUGAACACAGCAUCAACGGCAGGAAGUUCCCAGUGGAGAUGCAGAUCUACAUGUAUAACUCGGAUGACUUUGACAGCCUCAGUGCUGCCAUACGGCAGAAGAGGAUCAUUGCAGCGAUGUCGGUCUUCUUUCAGGUGGGACUGAAGGACAACCCAGCAGUGGACCCCAUUAUCCACGGCCUGAGGGGCGUGGUCCAUCAUGAGAAAGAAACCUUCCUGGAGCCUUUUGUUCUGAGGGACCUGUUGCCAUCAUCGUUGGGGAGUUACUACCGCUACACAGGCUCUCUCACAACCCCACCCUGCAGCAAGGUGGUUGAGUGGAUCGUCUUCAACAGACCUGUGUUCGUCUCCUACAAACAGCUGGAGGCGUUCUACUCCAUCUUCACCACAGAGCAGCAGGACCAUGUGAAGUCUGUGGAAUACCUGAGGAGCAACUUCCGGCCAAUCCAGAGCCUUGACAACCGUGAUGUCUUCAAGUCCGCAGUCAGAGACGCCUGGCUACCUGACCUGACAGACAGCCUGGGCAACCCGUACGGAACAGAGGCAUCCAAAGUGUGCAGCAGUGCUCCCAUCAACAUGAAGGUGCAGCAUCUGAACCGCACGGCCCUGGUGGUGCGAUGGACCCGGCCAGAGUUCACCUACCACCCGCCAAUCAUCUCCUUCCUCAUCUCUUACAGCUGGACCAAACACGAUGAGUCCUACGAGGAGACACACAUCACCGACAGCCAAAACAAACUGGAAGCUGUCAUCACUCCGGUGUCUCCUGACGUGCUGUACCUGUUCCGGGUGCAGGCUGUGUGUAUGAAUGACAUGCGCAGUGACUUCAGCCAGAGCAUGCUCUUCAGAGCUAACACCACCAGGAUAUUUGAAGGAACAAGGAUAGUUAAAACAGGGAUGCCCACCGUCUCUCCGGCCUCUUCAGCUGACAUGGCUCCCAUCAGCUCCGGCUCCUCCACCUGGACCUCCUCCGGCCUCCCUUUCUCCUUCGUCUCCAUGGCGACAGGCAUCGGCCCGUCCUCCAGUGGUAGCCAGGCGACGGUGGCCUCCGUGGUGACCAGUACCCUCCUGGCUGGGCUGGGGUUCAGUGGUGGGGUCAUCUCCUCCUUUCCCAGUUCUGUGUGGCCGACCAAAGCUUCUGCUUCCAGACAGAAUCCCACCGCUGCCCCCCCUCGUCAGCCCACCACCGAACCUGCAGCCUCCCAGAGCGCUGACGCAGCCAAAGACAACGGAGAGGGAGCCGAGGACAGGGAGAAAGGUGCAAAAAGUGAGGGAGAGGAGGGAGAGAAGGAAGGAGAGGAGGAUAAGGAGGAAGACGAGGAGGAGAAAGAGAAAGAGACGAAAGAGAAGAAAGCGACAGUGGCGGACAAGGUAGAGAAGCAGAUGAACAGCACGGUGGUGAAAGAGCAUCCCACGACCGCCCCAGCCUCGACUGCCAAAGAGAAAGGAAGAGAAGAAGGGGACUCUGAGACUAACACCAGCAGCACUACGCCCUCUAGUGCUGUGGAGGACCAGCUGGUGACACACACACAGAGCACGGUGGAGACAGACACGGUGGUGCCCCCUACCACGGAGCCAGGGAAUAACCCGGCAGAGUUCCCAGCCCCAGACAGCCCCUCCCCCACCCUCAGGCCCAGCACAGGAGGGAACAAGAGCCACUGGCCUUUCUCCAUACACACAGAGAGGACAAGCGUGUCCAACCUGACCCGGCAGGGUGCCCCCGGGGUGGGCAGGAUGGAGUGGAUCAUCCCCCUGAUGGUGGUCUCUGCCCUCACCUUCGUCUGCCUCAUCCUGCUGCUGGCCGUGCUCGUCUACUGGAGGAGGUGUUUCCAGACGGCUCAUUUCUACGUAGAAGACAGUAGCUCUCCCAGAGUGGUGCCCAAUGAGAACAUCCCUGUCAUCCCUAUCCCAGAUGACAUGGAGGCCAUCUCUGUCAAGCAGUUCAUCAAACACAUCUCAGAGCUCUACUCCAACAACCAGCAUGGCUUCUCAGAGAACUUUGAGGAAGGAGGCAGGAGAAAGGGGGAAGGCAGCGGAGCGAAACCCCUUUGGCUGGAGGGUCUUCGGUCCCUGACAAGUUGCUUUGUCCAGCCGGGCCCCAGGGAGACGUGGGAGGUGCAGCGAUGCACGGUGGACAUGAAGAUCACGUCGGAGCACUCCAACCAUCCAGACAACAAGCACAAGAACAGAUACAUCAACAUCGUGGCCUACGACCACAGCCGGGUGAAGCUACGGCCAUUAGCUGGGAAGGACUCCAAACACAGCGACUACAUCAAUGCCAAUUAUGUUGAUGGCUAUAACAAGCCCAAGGCCUACAUCGCAGCCCAGGGUCCUCUCAAGUCCACCUUUGAGGACUUCUGGAGGAUGGUGUGGGAACAGAACACUGGUAUCAUCGUCAUGAUCACCAACCUGGUGGAGAAAGGAAGGAGAAAAUGUGACCAGUACUGGCCCACAGAGAACAGCGAGGAGUAUGGAAACAUUGUGGUCAUGCUAAAGAGCACCAAAGUGCACGCCUGCUACACGCUACGACGCUUCACUGUGCGCAACACAAAAAUAAAAAAGGGACAGAAGGGGAAUCCUAAGGGGCGUCAGAGUGAGAGGACGGUGGUGCAGUACCACUACACCCAGUGGCCUGACAUGGGGGUCCCUGAGUACACCCUGCCCGUGCUCACCUUUGUCAGAAGGUCCUCUGCCUCCCAAACCCCGGAGAUGGGCCCUAUGCUGGUCCACUGCAGUGCGGGUGUGGGCCGGACAGGGACCUACAUCGUCAUAGACAGCAUGCUGCAGCAGAUCAAGGACAAAAGCACAGUCAACGUCCUGGGCUUCCUCAAACACAUCCGGACCCAGCGCAAUUACCUGGUACAAACAGAGGAGCAGUAUAUCUUCAUUCAUGAUGUGUUGAUUGAGGCCAUCAUGGGGAAGGAGACAGAGGUGUUGUCCAGCCAGCUGCACAGCUAUGUCAACAGUAUCCUUACGCCUGGGGUGGGCGGCAAGACUCGGCUGGAGAAACAGUUUAAGUUGGUGACUCAAUGUAAUGCCAGGUUUGUGGAGUGCUUCAGUGCUCAGAAGGAGUGCAACAAAGAGAAGAACCGCAACUCCUCAGUGGUGCCCUCGGAGCGAGCGAGGGUGGGGUUGGCACCUUUGCCCGGUAUGAAAGGCACAGAUUACAUUAACGCGUCUUACAUAAUGGGCUACUACAGGAGCAAUGAGUUCAUCAUUACCCAGCACCCUCUGCCCCACACCACUAAAGACUUCUGGAGGAUGAUCUGGGACCACAACGCACAGAUCAUUGUCAUGCUGCCGGACAACCAGGGGCUGGCGGAGGAUGAGUUUGUGUACUGGCCGAGUCGAGAGGAGGCCAUGAACUGUGAGGCCUUCACUGUCACGCUUAUAAGCAAAGACAGACUAUGCCUUUCUAACGAGGAGCAGAUCAUCAUCCACGACUUCAUCCUGGAGGCCACACAGGAUGACUAUGUGUUGGAGGUGCGUCACUUUCAGUGCCCUAAAUGGCCCAACCCUGACACUCCCAUCAGCAGCACCUUUGAGCUCAUCAAUGUCAUCAAGGAGGAGGCUAUGACCAGAGACGGACCCACCAUAGUACACGACGAGUUCGGGGCAGUGUCAGCGGGCAUGCUGUGUGCCCUCAUCACCCUGUCCCAGCAGCUGGAGAGUGAGAGUGCCGUGGGCGUCUAUCAGGUGGCCAAAAUGAUCAACCUCAUGAGGCCUGGAGUAUUCACAGACAUAGAUCAGUACCAGUACCUUUAUAAAGCUAUGCUCAGUCUGAUCAGCACCAAGGAGAAUGGCUCUGGCCUAAGGUCGCUGGACAGAAACGGCACCAUGGCCAUGUCGGAUGAGUCAGACCAGGCAUGGAGCAUGGAGUCCCUCGUCUGAAGGGCCCCACCCACCAGGCCUGAGGGUCCCCUGGCCCUCGCAGAGAGAGAGGCACUUACUUUGUAAAAUGUCAAGGACUAUAAGACAAUACUUUGAGGCCUUUUUUGCCAGACUCUUUGUUAAAUGAAUAACCUGAUUACUUUUUUACACUGAUAAAAAGUUUUUGAUAUUUAUUUUUUGCCAUUUUAUGUCUUAAUGUUAUCCUACUGAACGUUUGCAGCUGCAUUUUUGAGUUCACAACAACGAAACACACUUCUGUCUUUCUUGUUUGCACUAUAAUGUCAGUGUUACUGUCUAUACUAAGCUGAUGGACUCUGUUCUACUACACUUAAGCUCUUAUUUCAACAUUCCAUGGCAAAGCCCUCACUCAACUUCUUUAGAGAAGUAAGAAAAUAAAAAACAUUGCUCCAUUUGCUCCCUACUGGCUCAUAUAAGGAAGAGGAGCGAGAGUUACUCCCUGUUCAUAUCAAUAUCCCUUUCAACCUGAGUUUCACUAAGGUAGCCCUCUUCUCCUCUCCUCUCCUCUCCUCUGCUCACCCAUAUGGCUCAUAUAUCACUAAUUUUCUGCAAGACUCAACAGUCUGGUUUCUGUCACACCUACAGGCAAUAGGGUCAUUGGUUCUGUUUGUUGUUUGUUUUUCUUUUGUUUGUAUGCAUCUUAUUAGCAAUUCAAACCCAUAUUUGAAUAUUGAAGGUGGUAUUGUAACAGCUACUGUGAACUUUAAUGAUUUUUUGUAUGAUUCAUAUAAUGCUUUUUAAUAUAUAUAUAUAGAUAUAUGUACACAUAUAUGAAUAUCCCUAUCAUUAUAACUUGUGAUUUUGUAGAUGUCCGAUGUCAUGACCUGCCUCUGAAUCCCACUUGAUCCAACAGUUUACCGCUCUUAAUCAAUGCCAGUAUUGAUUUUCUGCACACUUACACCCUCUUCUGGCUCAGUUGUUUUUUGCUUCUUGCUGCUAAUAGUCAACGCACAGUCAUAGAAGUUAGUCAAAUUAAGAAAUGAUAAUGCCCUUGUGUGAGUGGAAACUUCUUUGAGAAAAUGGAUACUUGUGAUACAACCAAUUGCCAUUUUCUGUGUCCUGCCCUGUUGAAUUGAUUAUUUGGGUGAAGGUAUUUUUAUAAUCCCCUUGUUCAUCCUGAAGCAGGUAUGCACCCACGUCACACGGCCUUGUGUACAUAGUUUCUAAUCCUCACCGUUGCUUGACUCUGCUUGUGUGUGGUAUGAUUGUAUGCUAUGACUGUCGUAUGGUUUUGCUCCAGAUUAAGCCAGGUGGGAAUUUAGUGGCCUAAGCAAGGACAGUUUUACUGUGGUUUAAGGACAGUUUUACUGGAGUCCUAGAGUGAUUCACAUGAACUCAUUCACCCUGUUUUAGUUGUUGUCCUCCCACCACCACCCCUUCAUUUCCUGACAGAAUCACUUUUUAAAAAAUACCUCCCUUAGUUAUCUGAAGGAAAGAGAGACGACCUGUGAUUUGCAUUUGAAAGAAAAAUGUGAAUUCAUUAUACAGCACAAUGAACAUGCUAUUAGAAUAUUUUCCGUUUGAUUAUCACAACAAAACAUAGAGGAUACCUAUGAUUUGUAACUUUUACCAAAGACUUAAACUCAUUUUAGAGAGAGGGAGAGCAAGUUUUUUGCAUUUGUGUCUGAUUUCCUUUGUCAGUGAUGUGUAGGCUGUUGACUGAGUGAGUGAUGAUGAUCCUGUUUACUUUUUCUUCUGCUUCUUUUGCCAUCUUUUUGUUUCCAUACUGGACUUUAUGUGUCAACUCGUCAUAACUUGUGUUCGUUUAGGAAUUCCCUUUGCUACAGAAGGAGCUCAUUGCAAUUGGAUUAUAUCUAAUUUAUCACUCAACUCUUAGAAUAAUAAAGUAGAGAGAUGCAUCAAUUAUUUUAUUCUUUUUUUACCCAUCAUCUUUCAUCUCCUUCCAAGGAGGGCUAUUGAAUUAAGUCAUAACUCCAACAUUUGGGGUAAACAGCUGACUUUUGUCCCUUUGUCACUGAAGGCAUUUUGCAUUGUUAAGCACUAGAUUUUUUCAUUCUUUCAGUUUUGCUUGUUCCAUCACUGAGCCUAGUGUCCACUGUCAGGUGUGUUCAUGUGUUGCAAAACACAAACACUAGUGUAUCAUGAAAACAAUGUACAUAUUUUGUUGCUUCUAUAACCAACCAUUUUCUGGAAACUUUGUAUCUAUGGUAAAUAAUCAUAGAAUUUUAUAUUUUCAUAUAAAGCUAUUUUUCUUUCUCUCAGUUCAACUCCUUCAUUGCAUUGCUUUUGUGGUGAAACGUGGAAACCAAGUCUCCGUGCAUUGAGCUAGUGGUCGUCAUCACAUUCCAAUACAAUUCCACGCAUCUCAUUAACUAUAAGGCAGUGAUUGUGAUAUUAUUAUUGUUAUUACUUUGUUUUGUUUUAAUUUUCAUGUUUCUGUUGUCAGAGUGUGCAAUAGAAUAGCUCUAGUAAGUCACUGAAUAAUUUCAUCCCAUUGACAAUUUUGAACAGGGGGGCGUUGCUUCCUCUUUUGUAACCUGAAAUAAGAAAAAAAAGAAGGAAAAAAACAUGUUUUGUUUUGUUGAAAGCUAUAUCAAAGCAUUCUAUUAUAGUGUUAUUUAAUAUGUAAAUUGUAUUGCUAUACUUAAAAUAAAAUAUGGGUUUUGAUGUA